AUGAAGAACACACAGGAUCCACAUAAUGUGCUGGAAAUAAAGCCUAACUCUCUGGUUUCUCACAAUUCCCAAAGUGAACAACAAAACAAUGAGAUUCUUUUACCAGAAUCUGGUUCAUUUUCAUCAUCAAGCAACAAAAACAGAAAAGUUUCCCGUGAAGACAUUGAACUGGUCCAGAAUUUGAUAGAACGAUGUCUGCAAUUGUAUAUGAAUAAAGAUGGGGUGGUAAAGACCCUAUUGAAUCGCGCUAGGAUAGAUCCUGGGUUUACAACGUUGGUGUGGCAGAAAUUAGAAGAUGAAAAUCCUGAGUUUUUCAGGGCUUACUACAUAAGGCUUAAAAUGAAAAAACAAAUUAUCUUGUUCAAUCACUUGCUAGAGCAUCAGUAUCAUCUAAUGAAAUAUCCAAUGCCUCCUAAGGUUUUGGCUCCAAUGCACAAUGGAAGUCAUCCAAUGCCAGUUAAUAACAUACCCAUGGGAUACCCUGUCAUACAACAGCCUCCGGUUCCUGCUACAGUGCAAGAUCAUCUUUGUUCUAUGGGAUAUUCGACUUCUAGCUUGCAUGUUGUUAAUGGAGUUCCCGCUCCAGGCAAUUUCCAUCCAAUGCAGAUGAAUUCUGGAAAUGAUAUGGUAAUCGACACAAAUGCAGCUGAUCUGUCUCCCGCCAUACCACCUAACAAUGCCAUGUCAUCCAUGUCAGAUAUGCUUGUGAGCCCCACAUCAGCAGCAUCCAGUGGCCAUUUCCCAUUCAGUGCAUCAGAGAUAUCAGGCAUGGGAGUCGAAACGUCAGGCCUUGCCACAGUAUUUACCUCUGAUGUGACAACUUCAGUAGGACUGCAGCUACCAUCAGAAAAUGGUGAUGGAAAUUCUAGAGACUCCGUUGAAUCCUUGGCUCAUAUAACUUGGAAUUUCAGUUUUACGGACUUAACAGCUGAUUUAUCGAACUUAGGAGAUCUAGGAGCUCUGGGAAACUAUGACGGUUCACCAUUUUUGCCUUCUGAUUCAGAUAUUUUACUCGAUUCUCCAGAGGCAGAGGAUAUAGUUGAGGACUUCUUUGCUGAUUCUGUUCCUAGCCCCCCAUGCCCACCGUCUGAUGAGGAGAAGUCCUAG